AUGUGUUUCUUCUUCUUGUUUCAUAUUUUGUGCAUUGAACGGGUAAAUUCAUCAAGGAAAUGGAGCUGUGUGUACAAGACAAUGAAUUUGCUGAGUUUGAAGAAUUUGAUGAAGAAGAUCAACUUGACACUGAUUCCGCCAAGACCAACCAUCAUCAUUUUCGUGAUCAGCAGCAGCAAUCACAGCAAUUGCAACAGCAGCAGCAGCAACAACAACAACAAUCCCAGGUCUCAACGCUGGAUCCCUGAUGCAGCUGAUGAUGAUGAUGAUGCCACAGUUGAGACUGAAGAUGAUGAAAAUUAUUAUUUACGAGAUGGUGAAGAAUUUGAAGGCUUUGAAGAUAAAGAUAAAAAUUUUGGCAAAGGCAAAUCUCAAGAGCCUGCUCCUGGCCUCACCAUUUCUAAUAUCCCAUAUCACUUACAUACCAAUUGGGAUAGUUUCUACAUGGAAAUGCUUAUGCUGGCUGGUUUGUGUGCCUACUUUCUCAAUUUCCUUGCUGGAAAAACCAAAAACCAUAAGUUAGCCCAAGCAUGGCUGAAUGGACAUAAAGAAUUACUCUAUUCAAAUUUCUUCAUUGUUGGUGAUGAUGGUGCUACAAAGGAUGCACAAUCAGGAAUGUUGAUAAAAGAGUCUGAGAAUGUGUAUGCUCUGUGGUGCAGUGGUCGAGUCAGUGUAGAAGGGAUGCUUGUAGAGUUGAAGUUUAUUAAACGACAGGAUCUUGUCAAUACAAUUGCACGGGCAUUUAAACCAGCUUCUGACCAGAUUGUUGUAACAGUUGACAUGGAACCAAAUGCCAUGGAUAAAUUUGUGCUUUGUGUUGCCCAAAAGAAAAUUUGUGCUAAAUUACAUAGAGAUAUGUAUGAUUUGAGCCAGUUUUGUCUAGAAAAAAAGAGUCCUGAAAAAUUUGAAUUACCAUCAACCUACCAACUGCUUAGUGAAAUUGGUGAAGCCACAGCAGCUGUCCUUGAUAAGAGGGUUUGCCAUAUUCUUACAAAAUAUGAAGGAUUUGUGGAAUACAUUCACUUUUCUGACAUGUUCUCAGGACCUAAAAGUCAAGAAGAAACAACUCCUCAAAAAAUGCCCAACUCUAAACCCGUAUUAAUAUUUUGCUUCAAUGUGCCUGGCAGGGGUCGUACCAGCACAUCAGAUAUGGAAGGCAUGAAGCCAUUAAUGCAGAUGAUAUUUCAUUGCAUUGACAAAGUCAGUCGAAUGCAACUCAGCAAAGAUGCUCGGCAGAAAGCUGAAAGAAACAGACAAAAAGCAGAAGAAGCAUUUUUAAAAGCAGCCCAUGCACAGCGCCAAGAAGCUGCUCAGGCAAGACGAGAAGAAAAGAGAAGAGCAGAAAAGGAAAAAAUAAUGAAUGAAGAUGACCCAGACAAAACCAGAAAAUGGGAGGAACGUGAAAGUAAAAGAGACAUGAAAAGAAAGCAGCCAAAAAUGAAGCGAAUGACAAGAUCUUGA